AUGUCAAAGAGAAUUUUCAACGCCUUUGGCUUUUUUAAUGCGUUUUCGAAUAAUUAUAGCACCAAAGUCAAGCAUCCCGUUUCGAGGUCACAGGUUCUUGGCAAGAGUUUAAAAUAUCCAAAUGAAAAUCGAAAACCACGAAUUCCUAGCCCAAAGCUCAAGCCUCUACCGAAGCCAACUGGUCGAGUUGUCCGCCGGGCAAAGAAGGAAGUUAACAUAUCAAAUCGUAAACUUUUUAAACAAAUUGAACCUCCUCAAGAAGUACUUAAAGAGAUAUUGGCACUUAAUCUCGCCAAACCAAGGAAAUACAAAAUAGGUCGAUACGAUACCAAAGUAGCAGCCAUAGGAAAGAAAAAGUUGGAACAAAGACUUUCAAACGUAGAGUUCGAGAAAGACGAACAUUUGGAGUUUCCCCAUUUGAGCUUCUUUGCGGGCGCAAAAGUGGCAACCUCCUUUCCAACUGAGAAAGUGCCGGAAAUAGCAUUUGUUGGGAGAUCGAAUGUGGGCAAAUCAUCUUUGAUCAAUACAUUAGCCGAUACCACAGUGGUGAAAACAUCGGACAAACCGGGAUUAACGCAACAAAUCAAUUUUUUUGCUGCCGGCAAUAUAUUUAACUUGAUCGAUAUGCCAGGUUACGGAUUUGCCUACGCGAAAGAGGAAGAAAGAUUGCGAUGGAAGGAGUUGAUAGAAACCUAUAUUUCAACCAGGAAAACUUUGAAAAGGAUUUUUAUAAUAGUUGACGCGAGACAUGGGAUAAAAUUAGAGGACAAAAAAUUCCUCUCGAUGCUGGACCAAAAAGAGGUAGAAUUUCAGAUUGUAUUAACCAAGUGUGACAUGGUAAUUUCACCAGAAUUGGCGCGCCGAUAUACCCUUGUCAAAGAACAGCUGAAGAUUUACAGAAACGUAGUCGAGAAGCCAUUAAUGGUAUCAGCCAAAAAGAAUUCCGGGAUCCUUAAGUUAAGAAAUAUAAUUUUGGCUAUGGUAGGAGGGUUGGAAAGGGCGAGGGAGGUCGCCAACAGAAAAAAGGCAUUCAUGUUUACUGGUGUCGGAUUACCGAAGAAACCGUUAAGGGGAAUCGAUGGUUUCCCGAGGAAACCUUUGCCAAUGCGACAAAAAGGGCCAUCAUAUUAUUUUGAUCUAAGAAAAAAUUUCAAAAAUUCAGGUAAACAAAUGAACAAGAGAAAAAAAUUAAAUAGAAACACAACCCUUCGAAAGUAUGUAGGCAUGUAA